CAAGCUCGCGCCGCGUACAGCCGCCAGCUACCGCUCGCUGCCUCACAGUCCGUCACCGUCGCUCGUCGUGCGAGCACACGCGGACGCUGUCGCAGCUUAGUCGCACGCGUUGCGUGUGUUUUCCGGUCGUCAUACCGCCGUGACGGAUCGAGCAUUGUGGAUCGAGGAUCGAGAUCUCAGAACCUCGUACGAGCUUCGUGAUCUUGCGAUUUGCGAGCUCGGCUCGCAGGCAAAAAUUGUCCAUUGCAUUUUGUGACUCGGAAAUCCUUUUUCCGUUUCUUGCGAGAAAGACGUUUGGGUGAUCACAACUCUGCUAUUGCGAUUCGUGAUCACCCGCCAAGAGGCGCCGAUCAGCACGCAUUGCUGAAGGUAUUCAGUGAAUGCGAGACAUUACUUGUUAGACGUACUUGUGAAUGAGUGCCGUGGCCGAUUGUUCACAUUGACUGUUUGCACGUUGUACGUAGAAUACUGGAACAUUUUAUAGAGCACAUUCGACGGUAACGAUCGUAGCAGAGCCACGUCGGCCGUUCUCCCCCGCGAGUGACAAGUGGUCGGGGACGCGUGGUUAACCACGUGGCGCCGGUGGUGCGCCGGUGGUGCGGCCGCCUGAUUGACGUGAACUUUCAACGAGAUUCUCUUCCUACUUGUACAUUUGUGUGCCGGACGAUCGCGCGUGCAUACUACGACUGACAGGCGACAGCCGAUCCGCCGAUCGUUAAACUUUGUAACGCGUCGCCACUUGAUCGAACGUGUCUCGACAACCCCAGGCGGAUACGGGAACGAUCCCGACGUUCUGAUCGUCGUUUUUUAAUCGAAGACUUGGACGCGGUGAUCGCGAUCGAGACUCUUGGCUUAUCGACCUCUCGAGGCACUCGAGGGCAUGGUGCGCCAGUGAUCGGGUAUCGCCGAUACUGAAUAUCCGCCAGUGUCAAACAAGCAGUCAGUCGCAAAAAAGAGAGAACAAGGGAGGUAGUCGGUGGUGGUACUCUGGUCUCGCUGUCGCAGGCCGCCGCGAGAUGCUGAGAGCCUCGGCCGUCCAGUCCAUCAGCCAAUCACGUAGGGUGCUGCGAUCCGUGCCGAGGGCCGUCGCGGCCUGCUAAGAUGACCGCGCGUCUACACUCGCUCAGGCACCAGGAGAAGAAAUCAGCCGGCAGCAGCCACCGACAGCAUCAUCAGCAUCAGCAGGCCGUGCAUCAGGGUCCGAGCCCGGCACCGAGCCCCAGUCCGAGUCUCAGCCCGAGCCCGAAACACUCGGACGGACGAAGAGCUAACAAACCACUAAUGGAAAAACGACGGCGAGCGAGGAUCAAUCAGUCUCUGGCGGCGCUGAAGGCGCUCAUCCUCGACAGCGCCCGCCUGGAGAACACCAAACACAGCAAACUCGAGAAAGCCGAUAUCCUAGAGCUCACGGUCAGGCACCUGCAGCGGCAGAGAUCGCUCGCCCAGCCUGGCCUGUCCAGGUACAAAGCCGGCUACCAGGACUGCUCGAGAGAGGUGAGCCGCUACCUCGACGCGCCGGACAUCAUCACGGGCAACACCACGCCGAUGGACCCGGCCGUAAAGCAACGCCUCCUGCGCCACCUUGACAGCUGCGUGUCGGAGCUAGACCUGGACCUGGGCUCGCGGCCUGACAGCGGUUUGGGCAGCAGCCCGGGCAGCGUGACGGAUCGCGUGGCGGGCGCGACAAGCCCGGGUCCACUGGACCACCACGUACCGGUCGGGCCGCACUGUAGCGCUGCUGCGCUCACGCCCGCCGGUCUGAUAAAGUCCGAAAUCCCGGAGAUGGUUGAGGCGGCGCGGCCUGACAGCAGCACUACCGCCGGCGACGAGAACAACAACAGCAGCCGGCCAACCUCCGCCUUCAGCCAGGUGGUAAACCCGACGACGCUUGAUCCGCACCACCCGCAUCAUCCAGCCGGUCUACCGGUUGACCAGGCGUCCACAUCGCAGCAGAAUCCCAACAUGCUGUCUGUGGUACAAGUAAUACCGUCCCGGCUGCCGGACGGUCAAGUGGUGUUCCUGCUGCCGAGCCACUACGUGCAGCUCGCAGCUGCCGCUGCGGCGAAUGGCAUCAGCAUCGGCCCGAAUCCACCCACGGCGAUCUGGGCGGCGACCAACAUGUCGCUGCUGAAAGCCACCGAUAAGCUGACCAAGCGGCCACAUGACGACCUCAGCCAGGAAUGGCAAGACCCAACCACCGGCGGCCUCAAGCCGAGCAAAAGUCCACGGAUGGAGCAGCCGGAACAGCCGCUCGACUUCACCACCACGUCCAAAAAGAAGACUGCUGGCACGAGGGGCUCAGCGCAUCCUGCCACUGUCGACCAUCACCAUCAUCAUCACCACUUGCGGCAACAGCAGCAGUCAUCGGCUCAUUUGCCGGCCGAAGCUGGUGGUGGUGCCAAUGGUCCCGUCGUCCACGAAGACAGGCCGUCUAGUCACGCGGGGAGUGAAGUCGCCGUCGGCAUGUCGUCCCCGUCGCCGGUCGGUCAGCAACCCGUCAAGGACGAGGAGGGUAUGUGGAGGCCGUGGUAAAGAACCCCUCUCUUCAUCCUUCUUUCAGAGCUCUCAGUCCUUUGUAAAUAGAGCGCGUGUGCUUCGUGGGCGGCGCGCGAAACCAGAAGUUGUACCAUGCGCGCGGCUGCGAUCGUUGUCUGUUGCGCGGAGAUCUUUUUUGCGAUCAGUUGCGGCAAGAUCGGAGUUACGUGGAAAAGUGAGUGAUGAUCAGUCAUGAUCAACAAUAUUGAUAUUAUAUGAUGGAUUGAUACAUCAUUAUUUCUGGAAACAAUUGUCAAAAAACAAUUCGAGAGUAUGUAAAAUUCUUAAUUCCUUAUUUAUUUCAUAAUUUUUUAAUCAUUUUUGUUUUACAGUAGUUUGUUGUACUUUGGAAAAAUAUAAUUCCUGGUAGAGACAUCUAGUUUCACAUACGAUGUAUUCAAAGUCACUGAUAAUCCUAAACUGAGUUAGAAAAUAACGAUGCCAUCAUCUUUUCGUUUUUUUUUGUGUGGCGAUUAUCCUGCCUAUGCAACAACCUAUGUUCAGGGCGAUACUCGCGGAAAUGCGAGAACAUGUUCCUAGGCGGAAAUGUGCAUACACCCGAAAAGUGUGUUAGCUCGAAUUAGCGAAAUGUAAUUCUUAAAUGAGACGCAAUAUAUGUGAAAUCGAAAUAAUUACCGUGAUAUUUGUUUAUGUCAUUACGAGAAUUACGAUAAUGGCACAAUUUCGCUGAUAAUACAAUCCGCCGAAAUUGCGCCCUCGGCGGAAUUUUCAUGAGCGCGGGAAAUUGACGCGAUCGGCGCGCUAUUGAGAGGAGCGCUGAUUGGCCGGGAAAUCGAAAUUACUCUUAUGCGGCCGCAAGAUCGACGAGGUUUACUCGAUGUGUACCGAGAGCACACCGUCUGUGUGUUAUUUCACUCCAAUCCGGAUUUUCCGCGAGCUCGAUUUCGCGCGCUCUCGAGGAACGGGAAGCCAGAGAAACCGCGACCGACUUUUUUUUUCGUCGCCAGGCAGCUUGCGCUGGUGUGGAAACGAGUACACGGAAAAGGCGUAUGCACAUUCUCGCCUAAUAACGCUAUGCGCGCGUGUGCGCGCGCGUGACGUCAACGCGAUACGCGUCGUUUCUUGCGGGGACGCUAAUGAAGCCUUUUAAUUCGCGUCGCGUUCCAAAAGCGCCGCGGCCGCUAAAUUCGCCUCGACGCUGUUCCCGCGAAAAUGCCGUUCGAAUAAUUCAACGCGCGUUCGUUUCGUCGCCACGAGAGAUUUUCGCGUCGAUGACAUCACCGCGACGUGGCGAUUCAGCGCCGACGAAUGUAACGGAAAAACUCGACGACGUGGCGUAGCUGCGGAAUAUUUAACACCCCCCUAUGGCAUCUGAUGCGACUUAAAAAAAUAAAAACUAAUGUCCCACAUUUUUUCUCGUUUUUACAUUAAUUUUGAAGGAUGCACAGCUUGUGAUAAUUUAUUUCUUACAAACAUCCAGAAGAAUACAAAACGAGAAAUUAAAUUUUCACGCGUGUUCCAGUUUCGGUAAAUGCGACCACGUUUUGCAACACUGGAAAUUCGUUUCUGAGCUGCGUAUCUUCCCAGCCAGGAAGAUGUAAAUUCAUUGUCCGUUUUUAUAUUUAUUUAUUUGCUUGUUUCUUUCUUCACUUUGUGGAUUGUUCGCGUACCACGAGUUUUGCGAGUCGGCUCACGUCUCUGUCGAAAAAUCGACGGGACAAUCGCGGAUCGGAACCCGAUUACGCGCAGCGAUUCUUCGUGCAGCGACAUUUUUGCGUGGAUGCCAAAGUAGAGCGGAUGCGAGACAGGAUUGUAAAAAUUAUGCGCCUAACGAAUUCCCGCGUACGGAUUUCCCUCCGAGGAGAUGCUAAGGAGACGGUCACCGUCCUCUCGGCGAGGAUGGUCCGCGGUCCCGCGAGUUCGCAGUUGUGCUGCGAAUGACAGCAGAAGUCGUUCUGACGUAGUCGCGCGUGAAGACGCGCUACAUAAUAACUGUAUGUAUGUAAAUGACGGAGUAAUUAGUAAUUUACAAUUAUCGAGGAAGAAAGAGUGGAAGAAAGAGAGAGCGAAAGGGAUAGCGAGGGUGCAAGAAGUGAGAGAAAGAGAGGAGAAGCGAAUGCGUGCGUUUUAGUCCGCCAUUCAUGUACAUAGUCCCCCGAUCGGAACUAUUGCUAUUUGCGAGAUAUAGAUUUAUUUUGAUGUUAUCUAGGUGUAUACGACGCGAAAGAGCGAAAGAAAGAGACAGGGAGAGCGACGAAUGCGUGUGAAUGAGUAGCGAGCGAGCGUUUCGUGGACGCGCGGCUAAUAAUCGCGCUCAGCGUAGCGAGGAGUCACCAUCUCACCACCUAAUUUACGUCUGUAAUUGCUAAAUAUCCUGGAAUUCGAAUUCCUUAUUCAAUGUACUUAGACGCGCAGUCAAUACAGGCAUAUAUAUUGAACUGUA